AUGGAAGAAAGCUUAUUGGAUGGGUUACCUUGGGACUUCAGGAGUCCAGAGUCCCAGGAUAGAAUGAGAAGAAAUUACAGAAUGAACUUCAUAAUCCUGGAACUCUGGGGUUCCAAGGUUCAUAGUUCAGUGGUAGGAGUGAUUGUAGGUGCAACCUUCUGUACUAAUGGGGGUGGUUUUGGUAUUGAUAUCGUUGUAGUAGCUGUAGCAGCAGGUGUAGACAUCGACGUUGUUACAGAAGUUGUAGUAGCUGAUUUGGAAUUUUCUGGAGCUUCCUACACUUGGACUAACCGCAGGGUUGGGGAAGAGCUGACAGAAGUUAAAUUGGAUAGGGCCCUCAUCUCUAGGGAAUGGUUACAUCUAUAUUAUUGUUCUUCAAAUGCUUUGAUUAGAGUUGGUUCUGACCAUUUUCCUAUCAACUUUGUGGUUGAACCCAAAGGUGGUAGGAGAAGAAAGUUCCCAUUUAGAUUUGAAAAAAUGUGGUUGUCUCAUCCAAGCUUGCUUAACUGUGUUAAUGAAUGGUGGAAUGUUCAAGUUGAGGGUACUGAUAUGUUUCGCAUUGCUAAAAAGCUUAGGAUUGUGAAGGAUAAGGAUAAGAUCCAAAGAGAAGGUUAUGCGAAUGACAAUUUUGGUAAGGAGAGUGGAAUUUUGUCUAAAUAUCAUAGCAUUAUUGCUAGGGAGGAAAUUUUUUGGAGACAAAGAUCUAGGUCUUUAUGGCUCAAAGCUGGAGAUAGAAACACUAGAUUUUUUCAUAUUACCACUCUUAAGCAUAGAGCAGCCAAUAGAAUUGAUUACAUCCUGAAAAACAAGACUAAACUUGAGAAGGAAGAUGAAAUUAGUGAAGCUGGUGUUGAGUUGUUUAAAGAACUUCUAAAGGCUGACCCUAUGUUGGAUCCGGAGGCCCAAAAUCUAAUGGCCGAGUCUAUUCCUAAGGUGUUGUCUGAAGAUCAGAAUCGUAGUUUGGCUGCUAUCCCUUCUAAUGAGGAAAUUAAGAACACUGUCUUUUCCUUUGAUGGUAACAAGGCUUCGGGCCCAAAUGGAUUCCCUAUGUUUUUCUUUCAGACCUUUUGGGAUAUUGUUGAAAAAGAUGUCACUAAUGUUGUUAAAUAA